UAUUAUCCGUACGCCUCGUGUGCUGCUUCAAAUUUAAACAUUGCCGUUUGUUUGUCCUUACGCUAAAUCAAAACGCCAUAAAAAGUAUUCUUAUUGUAAUCAAAUAUAAUUAGCGAUCGUGAUUAAAUUCGUUUGUGUCAAAAUUCAUUCGUGUGGUUUUGUUCGGAAGAUAAGAUUUGUAUAAUAUAAUAGUAUAUAAAAUAAAAUAGUUUUUUAUACAUUAAAUAAUAUAAUAUAUAUAGUAUAGUAUAUAAUAUUAUCAUCUUAUAUUGUGUAUUUAAUACUUUUAAAAGUGUACACGAUGUACGACAAACCGCACAUAGUGCUACUCGAGGAUUAAUAAAGUUCCAGAUACGUGAUACGGGUGUAUCCAUAUCCAGCAUGCAUAUUUCAUAUUAUGCGGCAACUCUGCUUUUGAUGUCGACUUUGUGUUUUAUCGACGAUGCUUCUUCUAAUGUUUCAAUGGAGUCGAGCUCGUCGCUACAAAAUAUACAACCAAUGUCACAAAAAGAAACACCUAUACAAAGACCACUCUUUGACGACAUUUCACCUCAUAAUGUAACAGCUGUCGUUGGACAAACUGCCAUUCUCCACUGCAGAGUCAAACAUGUAUCCGACAGAACGGUUUCUUGGAUGCGAAAACGAGACUUGCAUAUAUUGACGUCCAGCAUCCACACGUACACCGGAGACGGGCGUUUCAGCGUCGUGCAUCCAGAAAACAGCGAACAGUGGGAUUUGAAGGUGGAGUUUGUGCAAAAAAGAGAUGCUGGCAUAUACGAGUGUCAGGUGAACACCGAACCUAAGAUCAACUUAGCUGUGCAACUGAACGUCGAAGGUACUGCCCAAGCCAACAUCCACGGGCCACCAGAGGUGUUCGUGAAGAAGGGAAGUACCAUCAGCCUGACCUGUUCGGUGAACGUGCACUCGACGCCGCCCAGCUCGGUGGUGUGGCUGCAUGGCACCAAAGUAGUGGACUUCGACUCGCCCCGCGGCCGUGGAGGCAUCAGCCUGGAAACGGAGAAAACAGAGUCGGGCACCACUAGCAGGUUGCUGGUCACCAAGGCCGGGCUAUCCGACACCGGAAACUACACGUGCCAGCCGAGCAACGCCAACACGGCCACGGUGUUCGUCCACGUGCUCAACGGUGAACACCCUGCCGCAAUGCAACACGGUGAACACGGUGCAGGUUCCAAACUAGCGGCAUGGUCUUGGACAUUAACCAUGGCUGCAUUUGCCUUGUCUUAUAGAUGAUGUUAAACAAAUCAUUAUAAUGUUGCUGCUCAUACUCUAGCGAGAUAAACAGAGCAGUCAAUUUUCCACGGAAAAAAAUCUUAUAACAAUAUGUUUAAUAUUAUUUUUUUGUUAUUAAAAUUAUUAUUUAUUAUUUAAUUUGUUUUCUGUUCUAAAUUUAAAUCUUAGCAUGAUUUUUUACAUUUUUACAAUUUAUGGCAUUAAAUACUUUGACCAUAGUAUUGUAAAGGAAUCAUCAGACACUAAAUAAUUAUAGUGACUGACUAAUUAUACUCAUUUUAUGUAAAAUAUUCAUCCAAUAUGUAUUUAUAAUUUUUAACAUUCAAAAAAGUUCAAAAAAUGUAAAACUACACAAUUUGUUACUAACAGAAUCAUUCCCUUGGCUUUAAAAAUAAUAACACUAAAUAUGAUCAGGUUGCAUAUUUAAGUAUAUAAUAUUAUUAUAUAGACUAUACUAUUAUAGAGUGAACCUAAAGUUGUUUAAAAAUAUGAAUUUGUAAUGCCAAUUUUGUUUUUAACUAUUCAACGUCAAUUCAAAUCACAGUAGCUUGCAAUAAAUUGUUAUUAGUUGCUAAUACUCAAUAAAAAUUUUAAUAUUUUAAAUUUUGAUCUUUUAAGUCAAAGUAUGUGUACUAUUUGUACAAGGAGACCCUUAAAUAUCAAAACACUUGAAAGCAGCUAUGAUUGGAAAUUGUUUGUAUCAUACAUUCGCGGUUUUUUUUCUAAGUACCUACAAUUAAUAGCAUAUACAAUGAGUAGGUAACACGUCGUAGUAGGUGCCUAAGAUUUUUUUCUUUAUUAUUUUUCCAAUUAUUGUUAUUUAUUAUUUCACACGUUCAAUUUGAUUGAAUGAUAUAGCUUGCGGUAAAAUGUAACUAUAGUUUAUUUUAUUUCAUUUUUUAUCAUAAUAAUUUAGCAACUAGUGUUCACAAACACCACGCAAAUACUAUUUAUCAGGUAAUAAAUAUGAUUCUGUGAAUUUUUUUUCAAUUUUGACCAAAACUUCAGAAAUAACCAAACAUAAUAUAUUAUAUUAACAAGCUGUACCACUUAACAUAAAUUAUCCAUUUUCUUUUAAAAUAGUAUGAAACACCAUUUCUAAAAAAAAAUUAUUUAGUGUUUAAGUUUAAUUAUAUACAAUAUAUAUGACACAUAUUUAAAUAUUUGUUUGUUUUCUAUGAUUUAAUGUUAAACUCGUUAAUAGAAAAAUGGUGUGUUAUUCAUUGUAUUUAUGUUUAAAUUAUAUCAUUGCACAAUACGUAAUUAAGUUACUGACAAAACAAAUUAAACAGAAAUUGAAAUAUUUAUAUAUAAAGUAAAAGUUAUCAUGCUCUUUUAAUGAUCUAAAACUACAAUAUUUAGACUUACUUAAUGUAAUGUACAACUUAUUGGUUUUUAAACUUUAAUAUAUAAAAUAAUUUUUAAAAUUAAUAAUUUGUUUAUAAUUAUAAAACUAACGAUAAAUGGUGUAUUAAAGUUCACAAUUUGUUCUUAGUUUCUAAAUAUUUGUUAUGUACAUAACGAAGUUACGUUUAUAAAUAUAUAUGUAUAUCACAUAUAAUUAUAUAAAAUAUGUAUAUGUUACGGUAAAUUGUGUUAAACGGAAAAUAACAUUAUUUUCUGGUAAUUAACGUUCCUGUCUACUUAUCAAAUGCCUAUAGGUAAUUAUCGUUAGGUAUGUUAUAUCAGAUAUUCAAGUGAAUCCUAAAUUAUAUAAGUUGAAACACAAUACGCAGGUAUUUUAAUUUAAAACAAUGUAUUAUAAUUAUAUUAUAUUAUAACUUAUUUGUUUUUACUUCCGUGCCAUUUACAGUUGCACAACUUGUCACUUAUUGUUGCAACCAUUCUUGCUAUAGCAGUCAUAGUACCCUUGAGGGCCCACAACACUACCAUUUUCCGGUCCACGAAAGAACGACCAGUUUUCGAGCAUUUAGACUGACGGUUUACUCGAAGCUAACUCGAUCAGUCAAAGGCAAACUGUAUUAUCAUUUACUAAAAAAUCAAGAAAAUUCCCACAUUUGUAGGCAAACAACGUUAAUGGCCGGCAAAUAACGUUAUAUUCCGUCGUAUACUGUAACAUACAUUUAUAUGUAUAUAUACAUUAUACAUUACACACAUUUAUAGAAUUGGAAUCAUACUUUUAGUGAAAAAAGGUGAAGUAUAUCAGUUACCUUAGUGUUUAGAUAUAAUUGCUAACGUAAAAUAAUUGUAUAUAAGUUAAAUGUAAAUAAAACCAUUAUAAUUCUGUCAGUUUUUAAUGUUGAUGUAUAUUAUUAUUACUAUAUAGUGCAAUAAUGAUCUGAAAUUAAUCCCAUUCCUGAAUGUCUAUGUAAAUUUAGUGUCAUUAUGUAAUUUUAAAAUAAAAAAAUAUUAUUAUAUUAAA